GCUGCCUGGGAGCAGACGCGGCCCUGAAAGCCUUUUGCUUCAGACGGAUCUCCAGGCUUGUGCUUUUUUCUUCCAUAAAGAAAAUUUGAUUUUCCUUCUCUCUUUUUUUAAAGCAAGAACAGUUUAAUGGGAAUUUUUUUUUUUUUUUAUGCCAUCCCUUUGCAGUAGCGUUGUCUUCCCUUUUUUCUCUUUUCCUGACCGAGUACGUACUGGAUUUGUAUUGCCUGCUCUGGUUUUUUCCCCCACGUGCGCCGGCCAUUAUGCUCAGCCAGUUCAUUCUUAAUUUUUCUACUGGAGUUAUCACCAGGGAUGGAAACAGCGUGUGCUUCUCUCGCAGCCAAGAUCUGCAUAAAGUAUAGCACCAGGAGGCAUGCAUUGUUUUUAUUAUGAAUUAUAAACUCAUUAUCCCGGCGCUCCGAAGUUGUCAGAAAGUUCCGGGUCAGUUCAGGGAAGUGGAUUCCGCUGGGUUCUUUUUGAUUCCUUUUUGGCCCUUGGAGGGUUUUGCGUAGAGCGCCGUCUGGAAGGCCCGGUCCCCUGCAGCCACCGGGAGGAGUUUGGAGCUCGGGACUGGCGGGGUGCGCUGGUCCCCCCAGUGACCCCGGCACAUCGGCGUUGUUCCUCCCUCCUGCACUCGGUCAGAAUGUACGAGCGGCACAAGCGGCGCUACAGCCUGUGUGACAUCUCCAAGGUGGACAGGACUGUGGACGUGGUGUUGCUGAAGAUAAACCGGGAAAGCUGGUGCACGAUUGAGCCGUGUGCUGAUGCAGCCUCCCUCCUGGCUCCCCCGCAGAGCCCAGAAUGUGAGAACUUCCUGGGUGUUGGGCUGGGCCGGGAGUGUGCCCCCACAGAAGGUGAACUGAAAAGAGAAUCCGGGAGUGACUCCGACCUCUUCCACUCGCCCAGCGAAGACGUGGACACCAUCGUCUUCUCCAAGCCCGAGGAAGAGCAGUCGGUCUGUGACAUCACCGGAUCCAGUUCCUCCACCGACGACACCGCCUCCCUGGACCGACACUCUUCGCAUGGCAGCGAUGUGUCCCUCCCCCAGAUGCCAGCUCUGCACCGGUCCAGAGAGCAGCAGUCCCUCGACGGCUUCUGCAGCCCCGGGGUGGGCGCGGAGGGGCGAGAGAGUGAGAGCGAGCCUGCCGGCUCAGGUGAGAUGGAGGAGGAGGAGAUGGACAGCAUCACCGAAGUGCCUGCCAACUGCUCUGUGCUGAGGAGCUCCCUGCGCUCUCUGUCCCCUUUCCGGAGGCACAGCUGGGGUCCUGGCAAGAAUGCGGCCAGCGAUGGAGAAAUGAGCCACCGGAGUUCAAUGCGCGUUCUUGGCGAUGUUGUCAGGAGACCUCCCAUUCAUAGGAGAAGUAUGAGCUGGUGUCCCUCUGGUGUGCAGUGCUCUGCUGCCCUGAGUGCCGACUUUAAUUACCGAAGUUUCAGCCUAGAAGGCUUGGCAGGAGGCGCUGGGGUCGGAAACACGCCAUCCUCAUCUCUGGAAGGAAACUCGGCAAACGCCAAAGAGCUCAGGCACCCGUUCGGGGGUGAGGAACGGGGUGACUCUCUGGUGUCCCUUUCAGAAGAGGAUCUGGAAUCGGGCCAGAGAGAACAUCGGAUGUUUGGUCAUCAGACCUGUCACAGAUCUAAACAACAGGGGUUCAACUACUGCACGUCAGCCGUUUCUUCCACUUUGACAAAGUCCGUCUCCUUAAUGACCAUCAGCCACCCUGGGUUCGACAGUUCCCGGUCUUUCCACAACACCAGCGCUAAUCUGACGGAGAGUAUAACAGAAGAGAACUACAGUUUCCUACCGCAGAGCCCCUCCAAGAAAGACUUUGAAGCGAAGAGUGGGACAAAAGUCAGCCGCACUUUCAGCUACAUCAAGAAUAAAAUGUCCAGCAGUAAGAAGAGCAAAAAGCCAUGGGGAAAAUAUCCUCAGGAAAAGGAGAAAGAGAAAGAUAAAAUCAAGGAGAAGGAGAAGGAUUCUAAAGAGAAGGAGAAGGACAGAAAGCUCCUCAACGGCCACGCGUUCAGUGCCAUUCCCGUCGUGGGGCCCAUCAGCUGCAGCCAGUGUGCGAAGGCCUUCACCAGCAAGGACGCCUACACUUGUGCAAAUUGCAGUGCUUUCGUCCACAAAGGCUGUCGAGAAAGUCUGGCCUCCUGUGCGAAGGUCAAAAUGAAGCAGCCGAAAGGGAGCCUUCAGGCGCACGACACGUCAUCCCUGCCCACGGUCAUCAUGAGGAACAAGCCCUCGCAGCCCAAGGAGCGCCCUCGGUCCGCAGUCCUCCUGGCUGAUGAAACCACUGCCGCCCCCCUGUUCCCCAAUAGACGGUCCCAGCAGAGCAUGUCGCUGUCCAAAAGUGUCUCCAUACAGAACAUCGCUGGAGUUGGCAACGACGAGAACAUAUCCAACACCUGGAAGUUCCUGUCGCACUCCACAGACUCGCUGAAUAAAAUCGUCAAGGUCAACGAGUCCACAGAAUCCCUUACUGACGAGGGAGUAGGUACAGACAUGAAUGAAGGACAGCUGAUGGGCGACUUCGAGAGCGAGUCCAAGCAGCUGGAGGCGGAGUCCUGGAGCCGCGUGGUGGACAGCAAGUUUCUGAAGCAGCAGAAGAAGGAUGCGGUCAAGCGGCAGGAGGUGAUCUAUGAGCUGAUGCAGACGGAGCUGCACCACAUCCGCACGCUCAAGAUCAUGAGCGACGUGUACAGCCGGGGCAUGAUGACCGAGCUGCUCUUCGAGCAGCAGAUGGUGGAGAAGCUGUUCCCCUGUCUGGACGAGCUGAUCAGCAUCCACAGCCAGUUCUUCCAGAGGAUCCUGGAGCGGAAGAAGGAGUCCCUGGUGGAUAAGAGCGAGAGGAACUUCCUCAUCAGGAGGAUGGGCGAUGUGCUUGUGAAUCAGUUUUCCGGGGAGAACGCCGAGCGCCUGAAGAAGACGUACGGCAAGUUCUGUGGGCAGCACAACCAGUCGGUGAACUACUUCAAAGACCUGUACACCAAGGACAAGCGCUUCCAGGCCUUCGUGAAGAAGAAGAUGAGCAGCGCGGUGGUGAGGCGGCUGGGCAUCCCCGAGUGCAUACUGCUGGUCACGCAGCGGAUCACCAAGUACCCGGUGCUGUUCCAGAGGAUCCUGCAGUGCACCAAGGACAACGAGGUGGAGCAGCAAGACCUGGCUCAGUCCCUGAGCCUCGUGAAGGAGGUGAUUGGAGCCGUGGACAGCAAAGUGGCGAGUUACGAGAAGAAAGUGCGUCUGAAUGAGAUUUACACGAAGACAGAUAGCAAGUCGAUCAUGAGGAUGAAGAGCGGUCAGAUGUUUGCCAAGGAGGACUUGAAGCGGAAGAAGCUGGUGCGGGACGGGAGUGUGUUUCUGAAGAACGCCGCGGGCAGGUUGAAAGAGGUCCAAGCAGUUCUGCUGACUGACAUUUUAGUUUUCCUUCAAGAAAAAGACCAGAAGUACGUCUUUGCGUCAUUGGACCAGAAAUCGACAGUGAUCUCCUUGAAGAAGCUGAUUGUGAGGGAGGUGGCGCACGAGGAGAAGGGGUUAUUCCUCAUCAGCAUGGGCAUGAAGGACCCGGAGAUGGUGGAAGUCCACGCCAGCUCCAAAGAGGAGCGCAACAGCUGGAUCCAGAUCAUCCAGGACACAAUCAACACCCUGAACAGAGAUGAAGAUGAAGGAAUUCCAAGUGAGAAUGAGGAAGAAAAGAAAAUGUUGGACACCAAAGCCCGGGAAUUAAAAGAACAACUUCAGCAAAAGGACCAGCAGAUCCUGCUCCUACUAGAAGAGAAGGAGGUGAUCUUUCGGGACAUGAUGGAGUGCAGCACCCCCUUGUCGGAGGAAUACUCCCCGACCCUCAGCCCUCGAAUCCUCUUCCGCUCCAACACAGAGGAGGCGCUCAAGGGAGGACCUUUAAUGAAAAGUGCAAUAAAUGAGGUGGAGAUCCUGCAGGGUUUGGUGAGUGGAAGCCUGGGAGGCCCCCUCGGGCCGGCGGGGAGCAGCCCUGCGGGGCAGGAAGGCACAGUUGGCCCCGUCUCCUUGCCCCGGAGAGCAGAGACCUUCGGGGGAUUCGACAGCCACCAGAUGAACGCUUCCAAAGGAGGAGACAAGGAGGAGGGAGACGAUGGCCAGGACCUGCGGCGCACGGAAUCGGACAGCGGUCUGAAAAAGGGUGGAAAUGCCAACCUGGCGUUUAUGCUGAAAAGAAACAAUGAGCAGGUCAUCCAGAGCAUCGUCCACCUCCACGAGCUCCUUAGCACCUUGCAGGGGGUGGUGCUGCAGCAGGACAGCUACAUCGAGGACCAGAAGCUGCUGCUGAGCGAGAGGGCACUCGCCCGCAGCUCGUCCCGGCCCAGCUCCCUGGUGGAGCAGGAGAAGCAGCGCAGCCUGGAGCGGCAGCGCCAGGACCUGGCCGACCUGCAGAGGCAGCAGGCGCAGCACCUGGAGGAGCGGCGGCGGCGGGAGCGCGAGUGGGAGGCCCGGGAGCGGGCGCUGCAGGAGCGGGAGGCCCGGCUGGCCCAGCGCGAGGAGGAGGUGCAGCGGGGCCAGCAGGACCUGGAGCGGGACCGGGAGGCGCUGCUGCAGAAGAGGGGCGCCUACCAGUACGACCUGGAGCGGCUGCGCACGGCCCAGAAGCAGCUCGAGCGGGAGCAGGAGCAGCUGAAGCGGGACACGGAGCGGCUCAGCCAGAGGCAGCUGGAGCGCGACGUCUGGCAGGUCUCCCAUCCACACACCAAGCUGCUGAGGAUCCCCUCCUUCCUCCCCAACCCCGAGGAGUCCCCGCUGCCGCCCGCGCCUUCGAUAGCCAAGUCAGGGUCCUUGGACUCAGAACUCUCGGUGUCCCCAAAACGGAACAGCAUUGCUCGGACACACAAAGACAAGGGGCCUUUUCACAUACUGAGUUCUGCCAGCCAACCCAGCAGAGCGCCGGAGGGCCCCAGCCAGACCCCGGCGCCCACCUCCUCCUCCACCCGCCUGUUUGGAUUGGCAAAGCCAAAGGACAAGAAGGAGAAAAAGAAGAAGAACAAAGGCCGCUCUCCGUCUGGGGACGGCCCUGCAUCAGAAGUGCCCGCAGAGAGUGAGGAGAUCUUCUGCUGACCCCCCUCCGCCGCUGGCCGUGGCACCAGCCCGCCGCCUGCUGUCCCUGCGUGCCCGCUCUCCUGCGUGGACACCGCCCUCUUCAAGCAUCGCUCCCCCGCACUUUGGGGCCGGGACCUGAGGGACAGAGGGUCCCGCGCGUCGGUGGGUGAGGAGGCCCGGACUUCCCACCCUGGCGACGGGGUGGGGCCGGCCCGGGUGAGGGUGUUACACUGAAAGUAGUGUCCCCAGAAGUCCAGGCAGUGGUUUGGGCCAUGUCAGGAAUUCCUAAAAGCUGAAAGAAUGUUCCAGAUGAGGUGUGAAAUGCUGGCUGCCUUUUAUUUGGGGGACCGCCUCUGAGACUCCAACAGCAGGUAGCGUGGACUUGCUGUGCGUGCAUACACAGUGACCGUCUGCGUGUGCGAGUGGGGCUGUCCGUGAGCACUGCGCAGGCGCGUGCAGGCUUGGCUCUCGCCGCUGGGCCCCGAGGCGGUUUCCCACCCCCCACUCCGCACCCGUUUGCAUGUAUCUCAUUUCACUGUAGAAGGGAUGACGGACACGUGUGGAAACCAGUGAGAAAAGACUUGGUGUGUUUCAAAAGCAUCCGAUCGGCACCUCCUCGAUUCUGGUGUUCCAGCCACCAAAACAGGGGUCCGAUAUCAUUGAUCAAUUCGGAAGAAAUUCCACCCUGGCUUUCCAAGGUGUUUGCCCACAUGUUCUGGGCGCGAUGAAGCAGAGAGGCCUCCUCACCACGACCCCUGCAGGGUGACACUUUUUGGUUGUCACUGACCACUCAGAAGUGGCCACAGCCUCCUGGCAAUGUUCCUGAGGACCAUGGCGGCUCCUGGGGAAGCUGGUCCUGCCUGGCGCUCACGUGGGAGACAGCGGCCCCUCAGCUCCACCAAUAGGGACCCGCUUCUCCUGCAGGAGCUUGUCCCCGCCCCGGGCUAGGACCUCCAGCUGGGAAGUAGCUCAGUGAAGGUGUGAAACAGUGGUCUGUCUCCACGGGCCGGGUGUGGCUCGGGAGGGCUCUCUGUCUGGAGGCUUGGCAAAACUUAACUGCUUAAAAAGUUUUCUAAAAACCUAAAGGCCUGUUGGUUAUUGCACUCUGCCCCUCGAAGAUGCCUCAGAGGCGGCCUGUUUCCUGUCCUCCGUCUUCUCUCCUUUUUGCCUUCUGCGUUGGGUCUGUAUUUGCUUUCAGCUUGUCACCAGCUGGGCGGUGCCGGGGUCCGUGGGCGUGGCUCCCCUGCGAGGCCGCACUGCCCCGCUGUGGCUGCCGGGAGGGACCCCGGGGACCGGGCUCUGACGCGGCUCCCACUCCUGCCUUCUGCCCCUCGGGAGCCGUGACCGUCCUUUUUAAAAAACAAAAAAUCUGUAACUUGGUGCUUGAUGAAUUGCAAGCUGGCCUUGCAGAUGGAGAUAUUUAUCUUUCAGUUUAUUUGAAAGAGGUCUGGUUUAAAAUCGUUAGCUAGUUUUGUUUUAUUUAUUGUGUGUGUGUGUGUCCGUGUCUGUGUGUGUGAAGGGCGAACAUACUGUCCCAACGGUUAUUCAACUCUGAUCACUGUGGAGGGGGAACGGCGCUGGCUGCUCACUCCUCAGUGUCUGCAAGUGCCUUGAAGGCCCACAAGACAUCAGGGUGGGGAAGGGUCCCUUUCCUGCCCCCCCGCCAGCCCCAGCGCAUCCUUUGACCAAGGAAGGGGUGUCUUCUUGCCGCCGAGGAGGGACCCUUGCCUGGUUCUGUCAUUGAGAUUUCUUACCUCCAGCAAUAGACUUGAGGAAUAAAACCAACUGAUUUCUCCUUUUCUCUCGUAACCAUGUAUCCACCCACCCCUCCGCCCACCACCAAAGACCCUAAACAGCAAGCAGCCCGUCCCCCCAGCUUCGUGUCACAGCCGUGCCCGCCUGGCCCUCCCGGAGCUCAGCUGUCUGUCCUUGUCGCCUGCUGGGGUUCCCCCCGGGGCUUCGUGUCGCUCUGCUGGAAGGAAGCACUGGGUCCACGUGCGCCCGGCCGCUUGUGCCCGGGAUGAUGCGAUGGGCUGUCAGGCUGCUGCUCAGAGGCCGGUGGACAGGGAGUGUGUGUGGCUGCACAGCUUGGCUUCGGUUUGAGACUCCCCGCCCCGCCCCCUCCGAGGUUGAACUUGGGGAUUUUUGCUGCUGUGCUUGUGCUAUGACCUUGAGGACGGCUCAGUCGCUGAGUCUAAGCCCCGCCUGGGUUUCUUUCCUGGGAGAAGGGGUUGACUUCUCGGGUGACUCAGGUUCAAGUCCUCGGGGCCCCCAGCUUCUCUAUCAGCCUCCAGAGAUCAGGUGCCCAGCAUUGUGUUUAAGUUUUGGGGGGACGAGGCCUUCCAGAUUCCCCAGGUCUCCAGAAUCUAAUGAGUUUCCUGGAAGGAGGUACCUUCUCUCCAUGAUAUCAUCUCGGUAAUUGUCAUCCUGCCUGGGUGACCUGUGCACUUUUCAUGCUGUCGCCAGCUGGCUUCGCUUUUGUGACAACUAUGUCAACUGUUUCCUUCUUGGAAAACGCAAAAGGUUAAAAACACGCAAAUGGCCACAGUUCAACCUUUGCCAACGUUCCAUCCUACCCCCUAAGCUGUAUGUGGGCAAGAAAUCUGUGUCAAGAUUUUUUUGGAAAGGGUACGAAUCUUACCUUUUUUCCUCUUAAGUCUCAGGGCAAUACCACUGGAACCUGUCCCUUUGCUCAUUUGCUCCCUUAUCUGUUACCUUCCCAAGCCCGGCAUUAGCAGCAGUGAGCAUAGUGUGAGGCCCUGGGGCUUUGUGGGGCCUUUUUGGGGCAGGAAUAGAGCGCAUAGGGUUCAACAGAAUGGGCUCUGCCUUAAGAAAAGCUGGGACCGUACAUAACCUUAGAGGCCAGACCGUGGUCCAGAAGUUGCUCCUCACAGAAGUUGCUCCUCCUUCAUCCUCCGUCUCUGAGUUCUUUCUCUCCAGCGGGUCUUUCUCCCGAGGGUUUGAGUGUGGACCUUGGAGCCGCAUUUACUCCCGUGUCGAUGGUGGCAGUUGUGCCAGAGGACAGCCGAGUCCUGGGAGGGGUGUAGAGCGAGGGGCCUGGUGAGGGGGCUCCAGGGCCACAAAGAGGGUGGUUUGGAGGGGACACUGCCGCAGGGCAUCGACCCCCUCCACACGCUGGGGUGCGCUUGGAAUGGGGAGCCUGCAGGGACGGUGGCUGGCAGGGUGGGUGUGCCUUGCCCCUGCAGCAGGACAGUUGGACAACACGGCUGUGGUCCUGACUGGCCGGGUCCCAGCCGGGCCCUGGCGCUCUUGGCCUGAAGAGACGGGGGAGGGGCACAGCGUGCUUGGCCUUGCUGCUUCCUCUUUCUUCCAACGCAUCGUGACAUUCCUCCUUAACCAGAGCCUUGGGACGGACCGCCUGCUGGCCAGGUGUUAGGAUGACAAGUAUUGUAAUGCGGCCAUAAUAGGAAAAACACACACAGGCUGCUUCUCCCAUGUCCUCCUCUAACUGAAUUUAUGCAAAGACGACAGGCCUCGAAUGACUUCUCCAUCUCGUGAGGUUCAAAGAUGGGCAAACACAAGUGGGCCAGGCUCUCCUGCCGCAGACCCUGCUGAGCCGCUGCCGACACCCAGCCGGAGCCGGCCUGUGCCCGGCCUCCUGCGGCCAACGGAGGAUCGGCCCCCGACCCCCGUGCACCCCGCUUGUCACCUCUGCCUUUUGCAGCCGCCCAACAGGAAGGGCAGUGAGAGCACCGACAGGGCCCCGCCCUGUGGUCACGGCUCAGCCUGUGGCUUCCUGUGUGUCACGCACCCCGUGGGGGCGCGGGGGGCCGCCGGGACAGGCAGGAGGUGACCGCGCACACCUGCGUCUGCUCAUCGUGUUUCCCCUGUGUGAACUUUUCUGUGCUGAAUCCCACUAAGUAAGGGGUGAAACCCACGUGCUGUAUAUGCAUUUGUAAUUAUGUACAAAGUAAACAGUUUUAAACUGUAAAGAUUUUUUUUCAGUGUGUUUUUUGGAAUUUUGCCACAACAUACUGGCUUUGUAUUUUAUUUAUCUUCCUGUCUAGUUAUUGGCUUCAGAUUUCUGUAAAGUCCCCCUCAACCCUUCCAAAAAAAUAAAUGUUCUUUACGUCUCGA